UUCACACGUGAGACCGGGUGGCACGCACACGCCCUGUGCGUCACCGCGCAGAUUGGAGGAGUGGAAGUCCGGACGCUCCUCUCUCCACCUCUCCGUCUCUCUGUCCCGCCACCUUCACUUCUCUUCCCUCGGUCUCGUCCUUCACUUCACCGUCUCAGCAGCUCCGAGGAAACAUGUCCAUGAACUCAACACGAAGCAUUUCGCAGCCUCCAGUGUCCUGACGCACCGUGGCACAGACUGCGCUCCACUCCGCCGCAGAAAAUGGCCGAGCAGAACCAAAGCUGUCAUUACAAUGAGUCCAUGGGCUUCUUCUACGACAACGUCAACGCCAGCGAUAAAUGGAACAAGAACCAUCUGAUUGUGGUCCAGGUGGUGGGCUCGCUCUUCUGCUGUUUCAUCCUGGUCUGCAACGCCAUGGUCGUAGCAGCUGUCAUCACAAACAAGAGGUUCCACUACCCGUUCUACUAUCUCCUCGCCAACCUCGCCGCCGCUGACUUCCUGGCAGGCAUUGCGUAUGUGUACCUCAUGUUCAACACCGGGCCGGUGUCGCGGACACUCACAGUCAAAGACUACUUUAUCCGCCAGGGUCUGCUGGACAUCAGCCUCUCGGCCUCGCUGUCUAACCUGCUGGUUAUAGCUCUGGAGCGCUACAUCUCCGUCAUGAACUUUAAAGUCCACAGCAACCUGACGAAGAGGAGGGUGACCCUGCUUAUUGUGCUCGUGUGGGCCAUCUCUAUCUUCAUGGGGGCCGUGCCGAGCCUGGGCUGGAACUGCAUCUGCGACCUGAAGGACUGCUCGCAGCUGGCGCCGAUCUUCAGCCGGAGCUACCUGACCUUCUGGUCCGCGUCCAACCUGGUGGUGUUCCUCGUCAUGGUGGCCAUCUACAUGAGGAUCUACACCUACGUCAAGAGGAAGACGUCGGUGCUCAUGCCGCACACCAGCGGAUCCAUCAACCGCAAGAGGACCCCGAUAAAGCUCAUCAAGACGGUUAUGGUCGUGCUUGGGGCCUUUGUGAUUUGCUGGACCCCCGGCCUGGUCGUCCUGCUGCUGGACGGCCUCAACUGCCAGAGCUGUAACGUCGUGAAACUGAAACCCUGGCUGCUGCUGCUGGCCGUACUCAACUCCGUCAUGAACCCCUGCAUCUACUCCUACAAGGAUGAGGAAAUGUGGACGACCUUCAAGAACCUCAUGCGCUGCAUCGGAAACGGCACACGGAGGCAGCGCUCGACGAAGGCCAACGCCAGGCCACUCAGCUCCGGCCAGGACACAGGCAACAGUCAGCCACCGUCAGAGGAGAUGAAGAAUGAAGAUCAGGGAAUCCUCAAGACCUGAAAAAUGGAACUUGUGAGGAGUCUUUUUUUCUGGCCAGCGUUGCCUGGACGUACCUUUCUUGAAGAUUCAGAUUGGAGUUGACAGAAAGAGGAGCUCCACACCUUGUCUCCACUGUUGCCCUCAGAUUAGAAAUACUGAACUUGAAGAGACGCUGCAGGUUAACUGCUCUAGAGCUGAGGCUGGGGUGAGGUGGAGCUAAGAGACUUAAAUGCACUAAUAAAAACUAAUAAUGGAUGCAAGGAGGUGCUUUUAUUAAUAUUUCCAGGUUCUUUUUUCAUUUUUGAACUUGACUCCCACUUCCAUAUAAUGAGAGAGUGCUGAUGCUGUUCCAUCAUCAUCUCCUCAUCCCUGUAGGUUAUUGAUGACCCUGUGCUCCAAUGACUAAAGAAAGAAGCCACUAUAACAGCACAUACCUUUCUGUUUUUACCUAAAAGUAAAAUGGUUAAUUUCAAAUUUUCCACAAAAUAAAUUGUUGUCUCUUCAAAAGAUGAACUAUAGUCAAAUAAGCCACUUGGUUAUAGGCAGGUAGUAUACAAUUUGAUGUUUGUGUGAAUAAGGCGUGGUUUUAUCAUUUUUUUCAUUUCUUUUUAAAACACCCAGUAAGAAUUACUGUACACUGCUGUCCUGAAUUCAUGGACUUAUAUAUUCUGCAACAAGUCAUUUCAGCUGUUUGACAGUGAGCAUGCUAAUAUUAUUGGCCAUUUAAUCCUUUGGUUUAUGAGUCAGUUUUGCCUUUGGGGAAGAGAUAACAGCUAUCACUCUUCUCUGGACCCAGCUCUCCUCUUUUAUCAGCUCAUCUAAGCAAACAGAAAUUUAACCUGCAGAACUGUAGGCAGGCAAACUUGUUCACCCUGUAGCAUGUUAUACAUCCGCCUCAGCCCACUGAACUCACUGCUGUCGCUCUGUCGCCCAGAGAGUGGAGGGAUUGUAAAAAAAAUUGUGUUGCGACACACUGGAUUCCUGCUGGAAGUUCAGCCUACACUGUGUAUGUACAGGAACUGAAGAGCAUAUGACUGAAUGCUGCUCCUGCUGUGACGCCUUUUAAGACUUUUCUUGGGAGUGUAGGAGGCCACAUAUUAGAGAUGUGUGUGGAAAGGUUUACAGCUUCAGUGGGGUUCCUUUAUUGAACUGAGGGUUUUCCUGAGAAUUUCCUGUGUCUGUGUCUUGUAUGUGUUUAACUGUUUAAAAUCAUGAAAGUGACCUUGCUAAACAACUUUAGUUUUUAGUUUUUUCUUUUUUCUUUUCAGAUAUAACAUGUACAAUGUGUCUGUUUUCUCUUAAUGAAAUAACAUGAUAGAGAAACAGCUGCAGUGUGGAGAUUAGUUUCAUUACAGGGCUUAUAAUGACGUUUACUGUGUAGUUGUCUUAUAUGAACAUCAGGUUGAAUGAUUUACUCAAAGUUCAGGGUCAAAUGAUAUAUAUAUAUAUAAUGUAUUAUUAUGAUGUAUAAUAAUAAUAACAUACAGAUUGUGACUAAAUCCUCAACUUUUAUUAUAUUUUCUGUCUUUCACUAAUCAGGACAUGUUUAGCCUCUGCAGCAGUAGGGCUCAUGGUCUGUGUUGGUCAGUUGUUUGACCAGACCACCGCUAUGUUCCGAACUAAAAUAUCUUUACUUCUGUUGAUGGUUGGUCAUUAAAUUCUUUACAGACAUUCAUGAUCUGCAGAGGAGGAAUCCUGCUGAUGGGAGCAAACCCCUAACGUAUCAUUUAACACCUCCAGCAAGUGAGUGUUUUCACUUGUCUCGUGAAAUUGCUCGACUUCUGCUAGAAACUUAGCUCAAGAAAACAGAAAAAACAUGGCACAGACAUUCAUGUCCUUCUCAGCAUGAAUUGGAAGAACUUAUUGUCAUUGUCAGUUUAUUUGUAUCUGUCCAGUAAUUUAGUUCAUGAUCAGUUAUAGUCAGCCUAGGCUGUGUUUAGCAUGCAUCAUAUGACUGUGUUUGCAUUGUUGUGCAAACACAGUCACUGUGAGCAUCUUAGCCUGCACAUUAUUUAAUGCAGCUUCACAAAGCUGUUGGAGCGGCUGCGGCCUUCGAAAAAAAAGAACACACCACCAACUUGGCACCUGACAACCAACCCAUAAUGUUACUUGCAGAUCCUGUUUGACAGAGUCUCCUCAUUUUAAAGAAAGAAACUGUCAGUAACUAUAUUUGGUAUAAGCCUACAUUCUCAAAUGUCGGUGCUCUAACAAAAGAAACACUGAAAUCAUUAUGGGACGCUCUGAUUACAUGACUCGCUCUACGCUCAGUAAAUGAUGACGUACCACUGCCUGAGAUUUCCGACGCUCUUGAGCUGCCACUUCAGGAUUAUUUACCCUUUUCAGGCCAGUUGAUGAAUGACCUUUUCUUUCAAAUCAAGCCGUCUCCAAUUGGACAAAGAUCCAGAGGAAAAGUACUUUACUCUGAAGUGGGAGGAACAAGAGUUUCCACUUAAUUAGGCUGCAAACCACUUGCAUCAGUGAAAGUGCCCCCCCAUCCCACCUGCCGAAAAAAGCUUUCUCCAAUGAACUUGACACUAUUUGGUGUAAAAAAAGUAAAUAAACCAAGGCAGUCUUGUUGUGGAAAUUAGAGAAAUUAGGCCUUAAUUAGUGUGGCUUAUGCACACUGGCCUUUUUCAGUGUGAAUAAUGUAAUAUAUAGGCUUGUAAGUGUCUCUUUAAUGUGGUGUUUAUACAGUAUUUGUAUAUAUUUUAGUGCUGGGUCAUUCACUGCAGUGUGCACGUUGUCUAAUUGUGGCUUUUCCCUACUAUUUGAGUUGCCUGCUCUGUCUAUCCCCUUGUGAUGUUGCAAUUGUGAUGUAAUAUCCUGGUCCAAUCCUUCAGGCCCCAAGCAGAACCUGUGACUUAAUGUUAUUGUGUCUUUGCUGCCCAGCUAAGUCUAGCUAGCCGACGUUAGUAACCUGUACAUCGGUAAAAGACAAAGUUUGUUUCACAUCAUAUUUAUUUUAUUUCAUCUAAGAUCCACGUGUGGCAUCUUAAACACACUACAGCUUCUACCUGGAAACACAUCAUUAGACUAUGACAUCACUUCCCGAUAUUUCCCAGGCCUAUGUAUGUUUUUCCUUUACUUCUGGUUAGUCACCCUGAUGAAGGCCAGUAUGCCGUAAUGAGUAGAUGGAUUUUUUUUUAAAUCUGUAUUUACUAGCCACAAUAAUAAAUACUUUUCAGUUUUUCCACAGCUCUGGAACAGUGCUUUAGUUUAUUCCCUUUUUUGCAUCAAAAUGAAGAUCCUGUUUUUACACACAUAUUUCCAAACAGACACACUUUGCCUUUCUGACACUAAUUGUAUUUAACCUUUGAAUAUCACCCCUCUCAAAUGUUUUAAUGAGCGAUGUUGUAGUCUAAAGGUGAAACAAAAAUACAUUUAACCAUUAACACAUGCUUUGUAGGUUAUAAACACCAUAGUCAUGUAUCUCACAUCUCAAUGUUAACCAGCUUUUAAAAUUGAUGUUAAUAUAUUCUGCACACUGUAAACAUAGCUUCUCUGCUUUUCCCAUAAAUCCUUUCAAUCCUGUUUAAGAUUCAAACCUCCCCUCUAAUUAACUUAAGCUGGCAUGAAUGAAAUGCAAACCUGUCGUCCAAACCCUUUCACUCUUCACAGCCACAAACCCACAGAUGUUUGCAUUUCCCUGUCAUGCUGUUUUUUUUUUUAAAUGCAAUUACGUACAUGACUCGACAUACAUCAAGGAAAGGUCACAUCUAUAGCAUGUAAAGACGUUUUUGUUUGACUCAAUGUAAAGUCAUGUGGUUUCUAUUAAGAUAGUGCUGUAUGUCCUCGGCAGAUCCCUCUGUAGACCUGUCGUGAGUGUCGCUGGCCACACUGGCUUUUGAAUUCCCCCAAAAAACAUGAACUGUAAACUGUUUGCUGUGGCAGCCCUUUUUUUCUACAGCUGUGCUCUAAUUACGCAUUCCUGAAAAGCCAAUUAAAUU